AUGGGGGUUCUGGGAAACAAGUCAUCUAUUCGGAAGGUACGAGGUCUGGAAUCCACCGCAGAAUCAGACCAUGAAUAUGUCCCCUCUAAGACCCAUGGGACAACUUACCAUUCAGCAACACCGACACGGUACUCUAAGGCCAAGCAAUUGAAUCCGCGGAGACAUUCAGAGGACUAUGAUUCCGAGGAGAUUCCUAGCAGAGGUCCCGUCGAUAGUCAAAAUGUUGUUCUACCAUUCCACAACGAGGAACUCAAAGGCUCGCUACUUCAAGGCGAAAUGAUGGGACUGAUUGACGCUCUGUAUUCUGUGCCUUGCGUGCUUUCAGGACAAGACCAAUCGGUAGUCAAGGCGAUUUUCGACGAGACCAAUCGGCAAUUCAAGUCACUUUCCACCAUCUAUAGUUUGAGGCAAGGUACCAUGUCUGAUAAUGAGUCUCAGUUCGAGAGAGAGCCCAAUGUGUUCGAUGGGGAAUCAUCGGAUGAUCAAUGGGAUACAAAUAGUGAGGCCGAAAGCCUCGAUGCCGAGGGCAGAGAAGAUACCGAUGUCGAAAUACUCGGUGAUGGGACAAGCUCUGUUCCUACCCACGGCAUCGAGAAGGGACUUAUGACCAGGCAACCAGUAUCGUUGGCUGUGGUGUAUAGCGACGGCAGUCAUGUCGGCGUGGACCAACAUUGUGAGUCCCAGAUAGGGGACACUCGGGUGCCGGAUGAGCAUACCUGCAAUCAAUCGGGGACCUCCACUUCUGGUCGUGGAGAGGCGACUGCCAAACCUAUUUCUCAACCAAGGGUAACCAUAGUUCAUCGGGGAAACCCUAGGGUGCCUAUAGGCAUGCUGAAGGAGAAUAUGUUCGGUGUAGAUUAUCUAGAGCCAAAUAAGAUGACUGAACUGGAGCUGGCCAGGCCUCGUGCUGAGUACCAUAUCUCGAAUUCAGUAAAGAUGAGGAUCCCGGGUCCUACCGAAUCACUUAGCGGCCCCGAGGACGGCGAUGUCGUCUUUUUUACACACGUUCUUCUGCAGGGGGUUCGCUUGCCGCUUCAACCUGCUGUGCAGAAGAUACUCGCCCAGAUCGGGUACGCUCUAGACCAAUACAACCCCAACUUGUGGGUGGCCUUGAUGAGGGUGAUUGUGGCGUUCGGUAUUGCCGGGGAUGGGGAGCCUUCCUACGAGCAAUUCUCCUAUCUAUAUAGCAUCACAAAAUCCAAGAGUGCCGAUCAUGGAGGUUGA